UUCUCCACUGUGCUCAGGUUCCCACCGGGUCAACUCGGAUCGGGUCGGAUCUUUUAUAAGAACAAAACCACUCGCUCACUCUCUGGCAUAUCUCUUUCUCUCUCUAACUUUCUCUCUCUGCUGUUUGAAAGCCAAUAUGUCUCUCCAAGACAGCGACGGAACUGCUCCGAGCGAUUUUAAUGCCACGGAAAGCGAACUGAGGCGGAUUUUCCUUAUCUUCUUCCUUCUUCCUCUCCACUAAGACAUCUUUAGCAAAGUUUCGGCUUCUGUGGAUUCUGCUUCUGGGUUUACUGAGGAGUUCUUGCAGCUCAAGUUCCCGUGUCUACCCGUAGGGCUUGUGUUGUUCGUUCUUUGAUUUCGAGAAGAGCUGGAUUGGGGUUCUGAGAAAUGGGUUCUGGUCGGUUUCGUAUUUUCUGGGGCUUUCUCGCUGGUUUUCUGGAAGGUUUCCUCUGAUUUUAUGGUGGGAAAAUGGUGUGAAAUUGAAGAGGGUAUAAGAGAUGGAGAAGGACGAGCUUGUGGUGUUGGAGCAGAAGAUGUAUAGCUUCUGUAGUAGCUGGAAGUGAGAGAGUGAUUGUACGGAAAUUAGGGUUUUGCUAAUGUCGGCUUAGUACUUGGUUUCUGAAAAGGAAAAUUUGGGUUUACCUUCUCUGACAUGAAGCUUUCAGCUUCUGGGUUGGGUCACCAGGGUCAUGAAGGGGAAAAUAAGUGUCUGAACUCUGAGCUAUGGCAUGCUUGUGCUGGACCACUGGUUUCUCUUCCAUCUUCUGGAAGCCGUGUUGUCUACUUCCCACAGGGUCACAGUGAACAGGUUGCUGCUACAACUAAUAAGGAAGUUGAUGGUCACAUACCCAAUUAUCCAAGCCUACCACCCCAGCUGAUAAGCCAACUCCAUAAUGUUACUAUGCAUGCUGAUGUGGAGACGGACGAAGUGUAUGCUCAGAUGACGCUCCAGCCAUUGACACCGGAAGAGCAGAAGGAAACAUUUAUACCGAUCGAACUGGGAAUCCCAAGUAAGCAACCCAGCAAUUACUUCUGCAAGACGUUGACGGCUAGUGAUACCAGUACGCAUGGAGGAUUUUCUGUUCCUAGGCGCGCUGCUGAGAAAGUUUUUCCUCCAUUGGAUUACUCACAGCAGCCACCCGCCCAAGAAUUGCUCGCAAAGGAUCUCCAUGAUGUUGAAUGGAAGUUUAGGCAUAUCUUCCGGGGACAGCCUAAACGGCAUCUUCUUACUACUGGAUGGAGCGUCUUUGUCAGUGCCAAGCGUCUAGUUGCUGGAGAUUCUGUUAUUUUCAUCAGGAAUGAAAAGAAUCAACUCCUUUUGGGCAUUCGUCGUGCCAUUCGACCACAAACCAUUAUACCGUCAUCCGUUCUAUCUAGUGAUAGCAUGCAUAUUGGACUCCUUGCUGCUGCUGCACAUGCUGCCUCAACAAAUAGCUGUUUCACUGUUUUCUACCAUCCAAGGGCUAGCCCAUCUGACUUUGUCAUACCGCUUUCAAAGUACAUUAAAGCUGUUUUUCACACGCGUAUUUCAGUUGGAAUGCGCUUUCGCAUGCUCUUUGAAACAGAAGAGUCAAGUGUUCGCAGGUACAUGGGUACGAUAACUGGUAUCAGUGAUUUGGAUCCUGUUCGUUGGCCAAACUCUCAUUGGCGGUCCGUGAAGGUUGGUUGGGACGAGUCAACCGCUGGGGAGAGACAGCCAAGAGUUUCUCUAUGGGAGAUUGAGCCUCUUACCACAUUUCCCAUGUACCCUUCACUGUUUCCCCUCAGGUUGAAGCGUCCUUGGCAUGCUGGACCAUCAUCCCUCCACGAUAGCAGAGGUGAUCUGACGAGUGGACUAUCAUGGCUUAGGGGUGGAGCUGGAGAGCAAGGUUUGCUUCCUCUGAAUUUCUCGUCUGUGGGUAUGGUUCCAUGGAUGCAACAGAGGCUGGAUCUCGGUCUACUUGGAGCUACCGAUCAUAAUCAGCAGUACCAAGCGAUGUUGGCUGCCGGGUUGCAGAAUAUGAGUGGUGGAGAUCCCCUGAGGCAACAACCAUUCGUCCAGCUGCAAGAAGAGCCUCACCAUCAAUAUCUUCAACAAUCAGGUGGCCACAAUUCAGAUUUGCUACUUCAACAGCAGCAACAGCAGCUUCCACGGCAUCUCCUUGAGGCUCAAACCCGCCAGAUGCUGACCGAGAAUAUUCCCCAUCAAACUAUCCGACAAGAAGUUAGUAACCAACCAGCCGGGCAACCGCAUCAACCUAACCACGCUUAUCUGAAUGCUCUCAAAAUGCAAAACGGCCAUCUCCAACAGUGGCAGCCGUCAGAUUUGCCUUCUGCUUCAUUCAUGAAAGCGGAUUUUACAGACUCAAACCACAAAUUUGCUACAACAGUCACCCCGAUACAACAGAAUUCAGCGGCCCCGGCUUCAGGUUCCGGUGACGGUAGCAAUCUUUUGAGUUUCUCGAUAACGGGUCAGCCUUUACUGGCCGAGCAGUUGCCAUCUCAGGCAUGGUCUCCUAAACAUGCUCACUCUGCAGCCAACGCUUUUUCUGAGCCGUUGCCGCUUCAGCAAGGAUAUGCCAGGAAAGGCACUGCUCUGGAACUCGGAAAUUCCAACCCAAAUCCCCACAGUCCCUCUAUCUUUGGUGUUGAUUCCGACUCUGGACUCUUUCUCCCCACUACUGUUCCCCGUUACGCUCCACUGCCAGCGGCGGAAGCUGAUGCUUCUUCAAUGUCACUGACGGAUUCUGGAUUCCAGAAUUCCUUAUACAGCUGCAUGCAAGAUGCUCCUGAGUUGCUACAUGGGGCUGGGGACAUUAACGCGUCCAACCAGAUCAAGAACUUCGUUAAGGUGUAUAAAUCUGGAUCGGUGGGGCGGUCACUGGACAUAUCUCGAUUCAGCAGCUAUAACGAGCUGCGGGAAGAGUUGGGAAAGAUGUUUGGAAUAGAGGGGUUGUUGGAAGACCCCCUUAGAUCAGGCUGGCAGCUUGUAUUUGUGGACAAGGAGAAUGAUAUUCUUCUCCUUGGCGAUGACCCUUGGGAGUCAUUUGUGAAUAAUGUGUGGUACAUAAAGAUACUAUCUCCAGAAGAUGUGCAGAAGAUGGGGCAACAAGGCGAUGGAUCCUUCCUGCAGAACCCCAACCAUCACUGAUGCUCUGCUUCACUCUUUAGUUUCCUUCUAUUAUGAUGCAUAAGUCUUUUGCUUCUUCUUCUUCUUCUUCUUCUUCUCUCAUCUCAUUUGGGACGUGAAUGGAGACAAGACCCUAGUGGUAUUUGCUGCUCUGUCUUUACCUUUGUUUUUAUCAUAAUUGUUGUGUAACACAAUGCUGCUCCCUUUGUAACAUUUCCUCACCAUUUCUAGUUUAUAUUCAGCACCUUUUGUCAC